AUGAUGACAAGGUUCCUAACCUAAAAUUUUUAAUGUCAACAUUGAGUAGUUUGUAGUCUGCUCGUCUGCUCUUUUCAGGCGCAAUAAAUUCCCCCGCUGAUGUAUUUGUAAGUCAUGGAAGAAGCAAAGCCUAUUCAUCCAGAAAGUCUCGAGCAGCCUACACCUGCACUCAUUUCAGAGGCAAUCUUAUUUGUACAACAAAUCUAUGCUACUUAUGGCUGGUAUAUACUUGGCUCUGUUAUCUUGGGACUGUAUGUUUGGAGUAAGGUAAAACCGCAUUAUGAAAAGUGGAGAAAACAAAAAGAAGAUGAUGAAUAUGCGGCCAAGGUGCACAAGAACCCUGACCUGUAUCGGGCACGGCAGGAGGCCAUUGUGGCUGCUAGACUUCGAAUGCAAGAAGAGCAUGACCGUAUGGCAAAAGUAAAAGCUGAGAGAGCAAAAGAGCUGGAAGACCAAAAGCGAGAAGACUGGAUUGCUCGUCAAUCAGGUUCUGGAGGUCAGAGACUUGGAAAUCAACAGAACAUCAGUAAUACGGAACCUCAGCCAGGCCCAAGCAAGAAGAAAUCUUCAAGCUUCAAGCCAGAAUAUAAUCCAUUAAUGGGUGCUGGAAGUUCCGGUGGAUACCGUCCACAAAAGAGAGGAUGCCCAGGUGGAGGUUGCGGUAAAAAGUAAAUGCAUAUAGCAGUAAUAUUUCCAAGCCUAUGUUCAAAGUGAUGCUUGGGCCCCCUUACUAAACAUAAGUCAGAAUUCAUAAUUGACAUGACCAACCACAGGGUAGGUUCAGUUUGGAUGUGAUAAUACUAAUCUCAUUGAUCAUACCAUUGUAUAUUUGUUGUAUUUUAACAUUUACAAGUUUAUUGUUAACAAGCUAAGGUUUCAUCCUCAAAUCAGUAUCAUGACUCUCAGUGCCUGACAUUUUCAAACUCCAAUAGAAGUUAUUGUUUUAAUUAUUAUGAAGUACCUACUCAUCAGGUAGUUAAUUUUUCAAGUGGUUCUUGAAUCAUAUAGUGCUAGUUUAACUACAUUCCAGCAACAUGUGUCUGUCUAUAAGGUUUUUUAAAUAACAUUCAACAUUAUUGCUUUCUUAACUUUAUUUAAACUCUGAAUUAUAAUUAAAUUUCUAAACUUGUUACUUAAA